CUGACGCUCAUUUGAGCAUCGACAGCCCACGUCGAUCACCACCUCAUUCUUCUUUUAAUACCCAGACCCCCAGCAGCAUUAUUCCGCCCUCUCUUUUCUUUUUCUCUCCCCUUGAACCCCAUCAGUUCGACACUGAAUUCUACAUCGAGAGCCAUCAUGAGUGUCAAGACCGUUACCUUCACGCCCUUCACCGACCAGAAGCCGGGAACCUCCGGCUUAAGAAAGAAGGUCGUCGUCUUCCAGCAACCUCACUACAGCGAAUCUUUUGUUACCAGCAUUCUUCUUUCAAUUCCUGAGGGUGUCGCAGGCAGCUUCCUAGUCAUUGGCGGUGAUGGGCGAUACUGGAACCCCGAAGUCGUCCAAUUGAUUGCCAAGAUUGGUGCCGCGUACGGUGUCAAGAAGCUUCUGAUCGGACAGAAUGGUAUCCUGAGUACUCCUGCAGCUAGCCAUGUCAUUCGAAAGCGCAAGGCUACCGGUGGUAUUCUCCUGACUGCCAGUCACAAUGCUGGUGGACCCAAGAAUGAUUUUGGAAUCAAAUAUAACCUUGCGAAUGGUGGACCAGCCCCCGAGUCGGUUACGAACAAGAUCUUCGAGACUUCCAAAAACCUCACCUCCUACAAGAUCGCCGAUAUUCCAGAUGUCGACAUCUCCACAAUUGGCACGAAGACAUAUGGUUCUUUGGAGGUUGAGGUCAUUGAUUCUUGCGCAGACUACAUAGAGAUGCUCAAGGACAUUUUUGACUUCCCCUUGAUCAAGACAUUCUUCCAGACACACCCCGACUUCAAGGUCCUCUUCGAUGCUCUGUCUGGUGUAACAGGGCCUUAUGGCAAGGCUAUCUUUGAGAAAGAACUCGGCCUGCCCAGCUCGAGCACACAAAACUGCAUUCCCUCGCCCGAUUUCAAUGGCGGACACCCAGAUCCCAACUUGACCUAUGCCCAUUCCCUGGUUGAAGCUGUUGACAAGGGAAAGAUCCACUUCGGAGCUGCCAGUGAUGGUGAUGGAGACCGUAACAUGAUCUACGGUGCCAACGCCUUCGUAUCUCCCGGCGACAGUCUGGCCAUAAUUGCUCACCACGCAAAGUUGAUUCCCUACUUCAGGAAACAGGGCGUUUUCGGCCUCGCUCGCAGUAUGCCAACCUCCGGAGCAGUCGAUCUUGUGGCCAAGGCCCAAGGCUUGAACUGCUACGAAGUUCCUACUGGCUGGAAGUUCUUCUGCGCUCUCUUCGAUGCCGACAAGCUCUCUAUCUGUGGGGAGGAAUCCUUCGGUACAGGCAGCAACCAUAUUCGUGAGAAGGACGGUUUGUGGGCUAUUACUGCAUGGUUGAACAUCAUUGCUGGUAUUGGAGAGGCGAACCCAGAAGUUACGCCUAGUAUUGCCCAGAUCCAGCAUGAUUUCUGGACCAUCUACGGACGUACGUUCUUUACAAGAUACGAUUAUGAAAAUGUGAGCAGCGAGGGUGCUGGCAAGGUGGUCAAGGAUUUAACUGCCAAGAUUGCGGACAAGUCGUUCGUAGGAAGCAAGAUUGGAGACCGCACUGUUUCAGAAGCAGGGGAUUUCUCCUACACUGACCUCGACGGCAGCGUAUCGCCCAACCAAGGAUUGUUCGUGAAAUUCUCUGAUGGCUCUCGCAUUGUCGUACGCCUGUCCGGAACCGGCAGUUCAGGAGCCACGAUCCGCCUGUACAUCGAGAAGCAUAGCAGUGAUCCCAAGACGUACGGCCAGGAUGCGCAGGACUUCUUGAAGCCUGAUAUCCAGCUUGCGACAGAGCUUCUGAAGUUCCAAGAGCAUAUUGGACGUACUGAGCCUGAUGUCAAGACAUAAGUUGGAGGAUGAUGGGGCC